GGAUGGAGAAGGAGGCAAGCCAGCUCGAGAGGGACCAYGUUCACAGCGUGUAUGAGAAAAUCGCCCCUUCCUUCAACGAUGCCCGCUACAAGGCCUGGCCAAAGGUGCAGCGGUUCAUUUCGGAGCAGGAACCAGGCAGUCUCAUUGCUGACAUUGGCUGUGGAAAUGGCAAAUACCUUCACAUCAAUUCUCAAGCCUACAAGCUGGGCUGCGAUUACUGUUUCCCGCUGGUGGAGUCCGCCCGCGAUGAAGGCCACGAGGUGAUGGUCUGUCACAGCCUGUGCCUGCCCUACCGCAGUGAGUGCUUUGACGCCGUCCUGUCCAUUGCUGUGAUCCACCACUUCUCCACGGAGGAGAGGCGCACGCGGGCGAUACGGGAGAUGGCUCGCAUCCUGAGAGUGGGAGGCCAGAUAAUGAUCUACGUGUGGGCAAUGGAGCAAAAACGGAGGAGGUUCGAGACACAAGACGUCUUUGUGCCGUGGGAUCCCUCACCUCCCUGCUGCCCCUUGAGGGAUCCGCGUUCACCUGGAGUACAAAAAUCCAUUCUUCACACGGACAAAAAGCUGGCUGUGCACCAGGGCUGCCCUAACUCAAAUGACACUUCAGAGGGGUGCAGGAAAAGCAAAAGUUCUUCYUGUGGAGGGGGCAGGAAAGCUCUGUGCUCAGUGUUGGAUAAACCACUGAGAUGGUCUCUGUUCUCAAGAUCACUUGACUCUGUGCUAGACGUGGGUAAUCAGCGGCACCGAGAAGAGCUCGUUAGGUAUCGCAAUUACAGCGCUUAUCUGAAUGAGUUAAACAGAAAAAAGAGAACUGAAAGAAACAGGGAGUGCGGCUUYCUGGAACACGUUUCCAACUUUUUUCUAUACUGCAAACAGAGUUUUGAAAAUACAACAGCUUUGGAAGUAGCUGUUAAACCCGUGCUGCCCACGUCCCAUGACACCAAGGUGGUCAAAAGCCACCGCUCAGACGUGGGCCAGGAGCCUCUGCAGCUCCCCAGGGCUGCAGCUGCCGCUCGCAGUCGCAGCACAGUGUGUUUACCUGACCUCAUUUCACGUCAGAAAGGACUGGCUGUUAGACAACAACACAGAAUAGAUCCUCACCCAAAACAAGGGGCUUUCUGUGGAUCCCUCAGCGAAACGGGUGCAGGCAGUGCCCCACAGGAAGCCCUUGACAAGAGCGCCGCAGGCACCCGGAGCGGGCGGCAGCCCAGGCCCAGCGGGGCCUGCYUGCGCUACUACCAUGUUUUUAAAGAAGGGGAGCUGGUUGAGCUGAUCCAGCGCCACAUCCCUGAGCUGCACGUGAUUGACUCAUACUUUGACCAUGCAAACUGGUGCGUGAUUGCAGAGAAGACCGAAGCGUGGAACACCUAG